AUGGAGGGAAAAGGAACAGCGACAGGAACAGCAACAGGGUGUUUCAAGUGCGGUAGACCAGGUCACUGGUCCCGAGAUUGCCCUUCCUCUGCUCCCAAUCCAAACCCUAAUGACGUCACCAAUCCGAAUCCACCUCCUUCUUCCUCUUCUUUCAAGUCUUCUGCCCCCAGAUCCGCUAUCGAGAAGCCCAAGAAGGUUCCCAGAACGAGGCCCAAACUCACUCCCUCUCUUCUUCUCUCCGAUGACGGCCUCGGUUACGUCCUUCGCUAUUUUCCUCGCGAGUUCAAAUACCGCGGUCGUGGCAACGAGGUUCGUGAUUUGGGUAAUCUGCUUCAGUUGUACUCUGAAUGGCACUCUCGCUUGAUUCCUUAUUAUUCUUUCAAUGAAUUUGUUCACAAAGUGGAGAAAGUUGCUGCUACAAGGCAAGUCAAGACUUGCCUUAGAGAAUUGAGAGAAAGAGUUGCAAAUGGUGGAGAUCCAACAAAACUGCGUGAACCACCAGUUGUGCAAGACAUUCCAGAUGAUAAUCAAGAAGAUGGGGAAGCAAUUCAUCAAGAGAGAGAUGUGUUUGCAGAAUCCCGAAAUGUUAAUGACAUUCAAGAAGACAUGCUUAAUGAUAUAUAUGAUACAGCUACUGAAGAACCUUCUCAGUCCAUGCAAAAUGUGAUUGGUGCUAGUACUGCUUCCAAAAGCAUUGCAAUUGAAAAGACAUCAAAUGAAGUCCCAAAUAAUGCAGCAAGUCUGUCCGGCAAAGCUGAAAUAACAGAAGAGCAGAGAGCUCGAAUGGAAGCAAAUAGGUUGAAGGCACUAGAAAGGCGUUCUGCUCGAGCCGCCUUAUCACAAGCCUCCUAA